ACAGUCGGUCGAUCCACACGUCAGCGGAGAGGCCGCGGCGCCAAACUUGAAACAAACCCCGAGGGUUUUGUCAGUCUGUCUGUCUGAGGGUUUUCAAGCGACUUGGUGUUGUCAAGGCAAAGGUGAAAGUGAUUUCCGUUCCGUCACCUCCAGACGCCACUGGCUCCGCUGUCAGUGACUCAAGACCCCAGGCCCUUGUCGAGAAGGGUCCGGCCACUUUCGAAGAAGAAAUGGAGAUGAAGGAAUGAAUGAGUUGAAGGCUGCCCUAAGAGAUUUGGAUCAGCGUUAUUCAUACUUCAAGCAGCAACAAUUCACCUUUAUUAUGGCUCUGGACCACACGCGGGAGAAUGCCCAUGACAAGACCCAACCUGUGUCCACUCUUGCUCAGGUUCAGAAUUACCUGGAUCACCACUGUAACAAUGCGACUGACAAGCGAAUCAUGAUCAUGUUCGUGGAUCUUUGCAAAGAUCUCAGUGACUUUUGUACUCAACUUCAGGAUAUAAAUCCCAAAUCCUGCUCACCUGAUGAUGUACUGGAGAAGUGCAAAGUCCUCCUCAGCUGCAACAAUGACAUGAGAAACCUCAGAGUGAACAUCACCCAGCACAACCGUGAGAAAGCUGAAGGAAAGUGUGAAGGAUUUGCAUUUAUAUUGGCACCUUAUUAUGCCUUUACAAACAUUUCAAGUUUGAAUUACAUUGAAGUGCCAUGACUGUUAAUGUGGGCAAAUAUGGAAGUCAUUAUGUACACAGCUGAUCCCAGAAUGCGAUGAGUCACUCAUCUACGGAAUAGGAGGAGAGAGCAUAGUUGGCUGGGAUAUUGUGAGGACAUUCCUUUUCUUUGAAUAGUGAUAGAGAAUCUUCAGCAUCCUCUAAAUCAUGCUAACUGGCUGCUCUUAUCAGUUCUUCAAAAAUAGACUAAUUGACAAUACAUUACUGCCCUGCAUUAACAUUGGAUUAUGUAGUCUUGUCCUGGUGCUCUCACCAGUUCUUACAGAGGUGCCUCGUUGUUGCAACGAGUUCACCACGACAAUUUGUUAGUUGCUAUGAAAAAGAGCUUCCCUGUUAACUGAGUGGAAAACCUUUUAAUAUUAAUGAUUACUGAAUGGCCGGUAUUUCUCCUCCAUGUGUACAACCAUGUCUGUACAACAAUUCACCACGCACAACAACAACAGCAAACAUCUUGAAUCUGUGUUCACUGGAUAGCAACCAUAGUGUCAGUCAAAACAGUUUUCCUUAUCCCAUCAUACCACUCAUGAUUUUAAUCCUCUCUGUAGAAAUCUUCCCUUAACCCUCUCUGCUCAAUGGU